ACGAUGGCUGCGCAGAGAGUCGCUCUCAUCGCCGCCCUCCUUUGGCCCCUCAUCGUGAGCCUGCCGACAUCCAGAGUCAUUGAAAUUGACGUCGACGGCGGGAAAGACAGAGACAUUUUUGACAUCAACGAAGAUGCCGGCCUAGAUCUGUUUGAGGGCGACAUCGUGAAUGACCCGGAACACGGGAGGAACUCCAUCAUCGGGGACGAGUACAGGUGGCCCACCACCAUCCCGUACUACUUCGAGGACAGUGUCGAGAUCAACGCCAAAGGAGUCAUCCUGAAGGCUUUCGAACAGUACCGCCUCAAAAGCUGUAUCGACUUCAAGCCCUGGGAAGGAGAAGCCAACUACAUCUCGGUGUUCAAGGGCAACGGGUGCUUCUCGUCGGUGGGAAACCGCCACGUGGGGAAGCAGCAGCUCUCCAUCGGGGCCAACUGCGACCGCAUCGCCACCAUCGAGCACGAGUUCCUGCACGCGCUGGGCUUCUGGCACGAGCAGUCCCGGGCCGACCGCGAUGACUACGUGUCCAUCGCAUGGGACCGCAUCAGCGCAGGCAAGGAGCACAACUUCAACACGUACGACGACACGGUGUCCAGCGACCUCAACGUGCCCUACGACUACACGUCCAUGAUGCAUUACAGCAAGACCGCGUUCCAGAAUGGCUCGGAGCCCACCAUCAUCACCAAGAUCCCGGCGUUCAUGGAUGUCAUCGGUCAGCGCAUGGAGUUCAGCGACAGCGACCUGCUGAAGCUCAACCGACUGUACAACUGCGCAUCAUCAUCCACGUUCCUGGACACCUGCAGCUUCGAGCUAGAGAACAUCUGUGGGAUGAUCCAGAGCUCGGGAGCCACCGCUGAGUGGACGCGCGAGAUGAUGGUUGCCGCAGGACCCCCCACAGACUUCUCAAACCUGGGCAGGUGCACAGGCUCUGGGUUCUUCAUGCACUUCAGCACGGCUCACGGCGCUGCUGGGGACAAGGGCGUCCUGGAGAGCCGGCUGCUGCACCCCCGCCGGAGCUACCAGUGCCUGCAGUUCUUCUCGUACCACAGCGGCAGCCCCACGGACCAGCUGAACAUCCGGGUGCGAGAGUACGACCAGGAGCACCCCAACGGCACCCUGCGCUUCAUCCGGCGCAUCGAAGCAGAGCCAACGUCUCGGUGGGAACUCCACCACGUCACGCUGAACGUCUCCAAGAAGUUCCGAGUGGUCUUCGAGGGAGUGAAGGGAGAUGGACUUUCAUCAGGCGGUCUCUCCAUCGAUGACAUCAACCUCUCGGAGACGGAAUGCCCCGAGCACGUGUGGCGCGUCAGCAACUUUGCCGGCCUCCUGGACACGAUGCCGGCCGGCGAGAACGUCUGCAGUCCACGCUUCCUCUCGAGGGAGGGCUACACCUUCCAGGUGUGUCUGUACCCCAAUGGCACGGAUAACAGCCCUGGCCAGCUGGCCACCUUCUUCCACCUCGUUUCUGGGGACCAGGACGACAAGCUGGCGUGGCCAUGCCCGUGGAAGCAGACCACCAUGAUGCUGAUGGACCAAAACCCAGACAUCCGGCGGCGAAUGUCCAACCAGAGAAGCGUCACCACUGACCCCACCAAAAUGGUCAUGGACGAGAGUGGAGAGUCGGUAUUCCAGUGGGACGAUCCGCGCAAAGUGGGUACUCCAAUCACGGAGGGAGAAAUCAUGUAUUACCGAGGACCAGGAGAAGGCACCAGCACAUUCCUGACACAGUCCAGAGCCAGGAGCAGGGACUUCAUCAAGGGCGGAGAUGCCAUUUUCCUCCUCACUAUGGAGGAUGUCUCUCAUCUCCUGGAGAAACAGGAAACACCGACCACCAAACCGGUCCCCCCAACCUUGAAUGCCACCGCCCAGCCAAACGCCACCCAGGGUACAAUCACGACCUCGCCUCAUGACCCCUGUACCGAUGUCACGUGCGAGAAUGACGGCGUCUGCGUCAUCGCUGAAGGGGCCGCUGUCUGCAGGUGUGCUGUGGGAAAUGACUGGUGGUACACGGGAGACAGGUGCCAGAGGAAAGGCUCAGCGCAGGAAGCAACCAACACUGCAUUAGCGGCCUCCUUGUCUGUCCUGGCGGCCAUGCUAGUGGUGACGACCGUGAGCGUGCUAUGCAUCAGGAAGAAGUACAAGAAGCAGCUCAGGAAGCAGGACGACGGAGUCGUACUGGAGAACAGAGCAGCAGCUUGAGUGAUGCACCUGAGCACUGAAUGGAGCUGAAGAAGUGAACAUGCACAUCUGUGUAUUUUCAAACCAUGAAAAAUAAAGU